GAACGGCUCAAGCAGACACUAUAAAUCAUCGGCCUUUACUCGUUUAGUAGAAUUUCGAAAGCAAAUGAUGCAGAGGCUCAAGGCAGCUGUAUUGGCCAGACGCGGCAGCCUUGGCAGUUGUCGUUUCCUCCCCCAUUGCAGCAGAAGAGGCCUCUGCUCUCUCCCGGACACUGCCCUCAACGAUGAUCUUGAUAACCAAGUAUUGGUUGAAGGCAAGGCUUGGUCCAGAACUGCAGUUCUCAACAGGCCUUCAGUGCUCAAUGCUCUCAAUUCUGCAAUGGGGCUUAGAUUGCAGAAACUGUACAGAAGUUGGGAAGAUAAUCCGGAUGUGGGCUUUAUUGCAUUGAAGGGCAGUGGCAAGGCAUUUUGUGCGGGUGGAGAUGUAGUGUCUCUCUAUCAUUUGAUAAACGAAGGGAGAAUGGAAGAUUGUAAGGAGUUUUUUAGGGCAUUAUAUCCUUUUACGUAUCUCCUGGGCACAUGUUUAAAGCCACAUGUGGCUAUCUUGAAUGGCGUUACCAUGGGUGGCGGUGGUGGUGUCUCAAUCCCUGGAACAUUCCGCAUUGCAACUGAUAAAACCGUUUUCGCUACCCCUGAAACUCUAAUUGGUUUCCAUCCAGAUGCUGGGGCAUCCUUUUACCUUUCACAUCUACCGGGUCACUUAGGGGAGUUCUUGGCUCUUACAAGUGAAAAACUCAAUGGACCUGAGAUGCUUGCUUGUGGGCUUGCUACACACUAUUUGCAUAGUUCAAGGAUUCCAUUAAUCGAAGAAGAACUUGGGAAGUUAGUCACUGAUGAUCCUUCUGUCAUUGAAACUUGUUUAGACAAACAUGGGGAACCUGUCCAUCCAGAUAAGUCAAGUGUGCUUCACAGGAUUGAAUUACUUGAUGAAUGUUUCAGCCAUGACACGGUUGAAGAGAUUAUAGAUGCCUUGGAAAUUGAGGCAGGCAGAACAAAGGAUCCAUGGUGCAUUUCUACUCUAAAGAGACUUAAAGAAGUCUCGCCAUUGAGCUUGAAGGUUUCCCUUAGAUCUAUAAGAGAAGGAAGAUUUCAGACCCUUGAUCAGUGCUUGGUCCGUGAGUAUCGAAUGUCCUUACAGGGAAUUUCUAAGCAGAUUACCGGUGACUUCUGUGAGGGAGUUCGGGCACGACUAGUCGAAAAGGACUCAGCCCCAAAGGAUCCUGUUAUUCAAAAUAUGCAGUGGGAUCCUCCAAGUGUUGAAAAAGUAACCAAAGACAUGGUGGAUCAAUAUUUUGUCCCUCUUAGUGAGUUUGAGCCUGACUUAGAACUACCAACAGAGUCGCGAGAAGCAUUCAUCUGAUUGCAAUAUAUUGUCCUCUAUGAUUUCAUGUUUCUGAAAAGGUGGGUAGAUUCCAAAGUCAUAUUACUAGCAGUUGCCUAAAUGAUAUCCUUUCAUGUUGAGAACUAGAAGUAAUGAAAUGUAGAGUUCAGCAGAGCUGCUGGACUAUUGCAAAGUUGAUCCUCACUUCUUUCCUCUUUCAUUCCAACUUAAUCGAACUGCCUCAACCACAUGCCAAUAAAUGGUGGGAUGACCGAGCUAAGGAAACUAAAGAAGUUCAGAGAGGAAAGAGUAAGAUCACUUAUAAAUAUUUUGUCAAACACUAUUGAAGUUCCCAACUAAAUGGAUGAAUAGCUUACCAUCCAGAGCUUAAUAACAUGCUUGUAGGCUUUUGCUGGUUAUGAAUACUAUUUUACUAUUUAGUGCCAAAGAUCAUUGUUGA